GUAAGACGCGACGGAAGUGUGUCGAUUAAUCGCGGAAUUCCAAUAAUUCCCAUUGGGAGAAAGUGUCCGAAUAAGUGUAAUUCAAAUUGUGGAAAAGCAGAGACUGUUUGAGGAACAGUUUUAAUUUUCUUGUGUGCGGAGAAAUAGUUUCCAUCGAAUCAAUAGCUUUCGAUAGGUACGAAGUCGUCAUCGACGAAAAAGAAGCAAGGCUAAAUAGGAUUUGCAUUGCUGGUAGACAAGCUCUGUGCAGAGAAGUUACGACCGCGGCGGCCUCGCGAUCUCCGUGAGUUACAAACCAAAACAACCAGCCUUCGCUCCGGAGGCCGUGUACUAGUGCUCGUUACGCGCGUGUGCGAGUAGAAUACUCGUCUAGGUGCCGCCUCUAGCAGAAAAAGAGGUCACCAGGCGCGCGCGCGUUCCAAAUCCGUUCGUGAGUGCGCGUGUGUUGUGCGGGUGAGUGUUAGAGGGCCCUAUUUUCUCCGGACCCUGGACUUUCGGGCGCUCAGACCCGAAACCGCCGUUAGGAUUCAUCGCUCAACGUAUCACCAGUCCUCCUCCUACGAACCGACUCACAAGCAGCCACCGAAGGCCGCCUACCGCCGCCAUCCAGCACUGGUCGACGUUUCCUCUGUCACCAUUCCAGCAACAAUUGAAAAGAUAGCGGUUCCGUCGUCGGUCGGGUUGCGGAGUGCAUAUCCUGCUGCUGGUUCGUUGCCAACCUCCAAGACGGAAGACCCCAGGCAAACGGGGACAGAGUCUCGUGCCACGGGGAGGGAAAACCAAAUCCCCCCCGCUAGCCGACGCUGGGUCCCUCCAUCACUGAGACCGCAACAUGGACUCACCGAAGAGGCCAGAAUUGAUUCGAUCUUUCGAAAAGUACGCGGUAUUCUGAACAAGCUAACCCCAGAGAAAUUCCAAAAACUAAGUGAUGACCUGCUGAAGCUAGAUUUGAACUCGUCCAAGAUACUGAACGGCGUUAUCCUGCUGAUAUUCGACAAAGCCUUAGAUGAACCGAAGUACUCGUCUAUGUAUGCACAGCUGUGCAAGCGCAUUGAGAAAGAACUAGAGAUCGACAUUGACAAAACCAAAUCGAACACGUUCCUGCAAAUUCUGCUAAACGUUUGCCGCGACAAGUUUGAGAACCGGGUGCAGUACAGUGAGAAGAUCAUCAACUCGGAACUCGCCCUCACCGAUGAUCUGGAGGAAAAGAAAAAUGUGGCCAAACAGAAGAUACUGGGCAAUGUUAAGUUCAUCGGCGAGCUGUACAAGCUCGACAUGCUCGGCGAGCCACAUCUGCACAAGAUGUUGCGCUCGCUCAUUACCAGCAAGUCCAGCGCGUCGACGGAGAAAAACUGCGAGGACAUGGAAUGCUUGGCACAGCUCAUCAAGACCUGCGGAAAGAAUCUGGAUACAGAGCUGGGAAAACAGCUGAUGGAUCAGUACUUUGACCGGAUGGAACAGUACUCCCAGUCGAGCAAAUACCCGCCUCGAAUCCGGUUUCUGCUGCGCGAUCUGAUCGAGCUGCGCAAGAACACCUGGACACCGCGGAAGGUGGCCCGCGUCGAGGGACCGGCUCCGAUACAGGAGCUCACCAACGAGGACGACCUGGUGUUGCGGCCGCCGUUUGGCAUGCGGGGCCGCGACUACCGCAACCAGGGCGACCGGGGCAACGAACGGGACUGGAUCACCAAGCUGACGCUGAACCCGCUGAACUUCAGCGAUAGUUUCAACCUGCUGAGCGUGUCGAGCCCGACCCCGCUGAUACCACCAACGUAUUCAUCGUCGAAUGGUUACGGCAAUCGUGACCACCGAGACAACGGUGGCAAUGGACGUGGCGGCGGCGGCAACUAUCGCAUGCAUAACAACCGCAACGGAGGCGGACCGAACCACCACCAGCACAACAACUAUCACGACAAUGGUAACGGCGGUGGUGGCGGCAACAUGCGCUACAACAAACACAACAACCACCACGGUGGUGGCGGCGGCGGCGGUGGCGGUGGACGGGAUGGCCAGAACCAUCACCACCAGAAUCGAGACGGACCGAAUGCGCACAAUUCGGCCUACUCAAACCGAGGCGACAGCGGUAUGAUGAACAGCAAGGAUCUGGCACCGCGAUUCAAGCGCAAUCUGAUGACACCCCAGAACCCGGUUGAGGAUCUGCAGAUGCGACCGACGCCGAACAGCCUACUGUUCAAGACCCAGAACAUGAACAUGAAGACGCAGUUGCCGAUUUCGCAGGCACCCUCGUCGCAGUCCGGUAAGGGUAGCGGUUACAGUGCACCGCAGUUGGGAGAUUUCUCGUCGCCCCUAACCAGUCGCACGCUGCUGAGUGAACAGCGAGCAGCUGCAUCCGCUGGCAAUGGUGCCUUUGGGGCAAACGCCAGCGGUAACGGUCCGUCAUCAUCGGCAUCUGCCAGCAAUUACGGACCUGCCCUAGGAAGCAGCUCAUCUGGAGGAGAAAGCUAUGGCGCAACAGGACCAGCUGGUCAGUCGCAUACUUCCAACAACUCCAGUUCCAAUCAGCAGACCCCGUUGGCUUGGAACAAUCAGCAGAAUCUGUUGAAUGGUAAAUCUCAAUCAAACCCACCGGCUGCCUCGGCACCGAUCACCCCCAUCAACAACAUCCUACAGAAGGAUCAAGUGAUCAUCAAGCAGGCUGGUGCAGAGAAAGCGGAAAAGAAGAACAAGAAGGACAAGGGUCCCAACAAGGAAGAGUUCAUGAAGAAUGUUUCCGCAUUCGCAACCGACGUGCUACUGGACAACCUGAAGAAGCAAAUCGAAGAGGAUGAGCAGAAGUCCACUGACAACGCGAUCGUUGAAAAUGGCGCCGUCAAGGAAGUAAUCGUUGAGGUGAUCGAUCAAACAGCCGAAGUCAAUCCGGACACCGUGAACGAAGCCGAUCUCAGCGAAGAAAAGUCCGAAGAUAGUGACAAAUCCUCGGAGAAGGCAGAUGUCGGUUCGGAAACCGAAAAAACAGAAGAGCCCAAACAAGAAGAACGAUCACUGAUGGACGACCUGGUGUACGAAUUCAGUGAACUCCGGAUCCCGGAAAAGUUCAUGCGUGACUCGAUUGGCAAAAUCGUAAACGAAGUCCUGGACAAAUCUGAUCCAUUCCACGAGAAGCUGAUCGCCUUCCUGCAGCGAUUGCGUAAGGAUAACAAACUGUCCAACGGAGCCAUGCUGGAAUCGUUCAAGGCAUUGGUCAAUUCGAUGAACGAGAAGGAGAAAACGAUCCCCAAGAUCACCACCAUUGUGGCAUCGUUGCUGUCGCGGUCGGUGUCCGUACGGCUGUGCAAACUGUCCGACAUCUCCAACUACACCGACAACGGACAGCACUAUCCGCUCUUCCUGUUGGUGCUGCAACAGUUACACAAACAGCUUGGCAAACAGCCCCUGCAGGAACUGUUCCAGCAGAGCAAGGUCAAUCUGAUGAGCACCCUGCCCGAGAACGAUCGCACCAAGGACCGCAUGGCGGAAAUUCUUGAAGAUCGGAACCUGAGCUUCCUGUAUCCGUUGCUGAGGGUGCAGGCCGAACUGUGGAAGCAGAUCCAGGUCGAUGGCAACCCGCAGCAGUUCUACAAGUGGAUCAAGGAAAAUGUGGAGCCGAGCUGCUACACGGAUCCGGGCUUCGUCACGGCCGUGAUGACCGUUCUGCUGAAGUAUAUUAUGCAGGAAGCGUCCAAAUAUGCAGAUGAGAAACAGUCGGUGGAGAAGGAGAUGGAAAUCCUGAGGAAGUACUGCCCGGUGCUGAACGCGUUCCUGAACGGCAAUAACGAUCUGCAGCUGAUUGCGAUCUACGCCAUGCAGGUUUACUGGUACAGCAUCGAUUUUCCCAAAGGAGUCCUACUGCGUUGGUUCCGAGAGUUUUACGAACUGAGCGUCAUCGAGGAAGACGCCUUCCUGCGCUACAAGGAGGACGUCACCGACAUGUACCCGGGCAAGGGUAAAGCCCUGUUCCAGGUCAACCAGUGGCUGACCUGGCUGGCCGAGGCGGAGGACGAAGACGAAGAGGAUGAGGAAUAAAUUGGAUGUUUUUGUAAAAAAAAAAUGUAGUGAGAGCGAAAACGAACAACCGAAGCGCGUGUUGGAUGAAGAGUUUAGUUUUCUUUUCCUCGUUUUAAAUUGGUUGUAUGUAAUCCCAAUGAGAUGUUUUUUAGAGCAAAAUUACGAAUUGCGAAACCUAUUUUAUACACAAAUAUAAACACCAAGAAUGUGAUCGACAGUAAACCAAUUGGGUAUGUGAAAUGCUUUCAUUUUUUUUUUUGUUUCCGUUCUUCCGAUGAUUAAACUUUAGUGUAUAAUAAUUGAUUUUUUUGUGAUCUUUAGUUAGCUUGGUUCGUGUUUCGUAAAAUUGUGUUGAUUUUUUCAGUGUGCAUGGGUUUCGAAUGAGGGUUUGAUUCAAGUUUAUUAGUAAUCACAAAUGGUGUUCUGGUCCGAAAGGACGGACUUUAAUUGAUAGUUCAAUUUAUGCAGCAGUAACUCAGUAACCAGUUAGUAGCGGAAUCUAUUUAGUUUUAACUCUGCAGGCAAAUGAGGAAGAAGAUCCAGUAGUUUGUAGUUGUUCGACGUAAUAAACCUGAUUCCUAUAGAAUGAAAGUGCAAUUCGUGACAACAUGUGUCCGUUACAGAUAACCCUUCCUGUACAUCCCCUGAACGUGAGAAUGUUUGUGAUUGUUAUCAGUAGUGUUUAUUUUCUAUAGGCAUUAACCAUGCGUUUUACAAUAUAUUGCAAAAGUUACAGCAUGGUCAAAAUGAUUAAAAAAGUUUGAAAUUAAUAUUUCUACUGGAUUUCUACAUUUUUCUGAACUAUUCAACAACAAACAUAAAUUACAAAUUGAUUUUUUAUCCAAAGUACGUUUAUUGGCCACGCCACUAGUCUUUUUGAUUUUUAUCUUCACUAUGGAAAAGUUAUUAUUUGCUGUAGCAAACCGUAAAGCAUAAAUAGCCAAAACAAUUCACAAACAGUCCUUCUCACUGACUAUCGCCGCCUGAUUUCCCAUAAAUAGGCUCGAGUUCUUUAAUGUAUCUAAUUCAAACGUACCACAAAUAUAAAAUAUUACACAAUUAGAGUUAAUAGAUCGAUGCUGAAAAGUUAUCGCACUUGUAUCAAAUAGUAGAAUCCAUGGCAUCUAAAGUAGCGUCACGGACAUGGUAAAUCACGGGCGAACGUGAAGAACCCCUCAGAAUUCUAGGAAAAUUCACUUAAGCAAGUCUUCUUUGCCAGCGACGUAUCAGAUCACACCCGAAUAAACGCCUCUUACUCUUGGUCAUAAGAUUGGGAGUUUGUCGCAUAACUGAAGACUGAUUCGUACGAAACCAAGAAUGCUUUCUCGUCCGAAAAUACUUCGACGGUGAACCCAAAAGCGAAGGUGAAUAAAAAAAACUUAGCACUUAGGUAGAUUAAAAUAUGAAUAUCUAGCUAAAUAACUGAAUGGAAUUAACUUUCCCCAGUCCCCGCCCUUUACCUUGAACCGAAUUAAACACAGUAGCAAAAUCAUCCAACAAGUGCACGCCUUCCUUGCACCAACCCUUAAAACAAUCCCAUUCAUCCCUUCACUGAAUCAAUCUGUAAAUUAACGAAUCUAUUAUCUAUGGACAAAACAAAACAAAAAAGAAUCGUUACAAAUCAUUGUGAUUUCAUGCAAUAUUGAAAACAAAACACUACAGCACACUGUUAGAAUGGAAUAUCAACUGGAACAAAGCAGUAAUUUUUAGUUAGUGUCAUUGCUACCAAAAAACACAAAUAUAAUAAUAUUGUGGAAUAGUCGAGCUAAACAUACUAUUACUCAUCGCCAAAUCGGUUUGGAAAGAAAACAGGAAUUCAAUACACGGAUAAAUACAUUGACAACCAUUAAUGCGCGCCUAACAUUCAGCUCAUCUCCUCCGAAAGGCGAUUCAAUAUAAUUGUAUAUGAGAAAGCAAAAAGUCGAACGGAAAAAGUGUGAAAUGACACACGUGACAGACAGCAGGAUACAUUCGAAUAAAAAUAACUAAUGAGACGAAAGAAAACAAGAAAAAAAAAUAUAAAAAUGUAAAAAAAAAGUUGGAAAAGCAAUCAAAAAUCAAAACAAAAAAAAGUCACAAAUAAAAACCUCUAAACCAAAAAACAUA